CACGAAAGCAAUGAACGAAACUUCUUCGUUUGACAGCGUCUGUGCCUCAUCCCAGAGUGAUUCUAGCAUUCACACGGAUGGCAUCUUCGUUCGGUAGCGUUGCGGUAAUUUUUUUGCUCUCUCUGGUCGUAGCAGAUGCUCAGAUAUUGGAGAGUGUCACGGAUAAUAAUGUUCCCCAAUCAACAGAUGUGGUGGUGCCAAAUGAACCCCAGUCUCUUGACGACUGUCAUUUCCGGUACUACGAGUUUGGUAAAACGACAGAUAUUAAGCCAACUGGCAGCACAACAGCUUAUUUGGGUGAGUUUGCACACAUGGCAGCUAUCGGAUGGAUUAAAUCAGGCAAUAAUAUUACAUGGGAUUGUGGAGGAUCGUUAAUCUCGGAGAAUUUUGUCCUAACAGCAGCGCACUGCUCGGAAAUAAAAGAUCCAGAUGUGGUCAGAAUAGGCGAUAUAGAUUUGUCUGAAAAUCCAAAUUAUCAGCCGGAAAAAGAUAUCAAAAUACUGGAGUUCAUCGGGCAUCCGAAUCAUACCUUCAGGCUUCGUUACCAUGACAUUGCCUUAGUGCGUCUUGAACGAAAAGUUGAACUAAGCGCAACGGUCGCUCCGGCGUGUCUGUGGCACGAUGAUGAGAUCCGUUUCAAAGCGUUGGAAGCUGCUGGUUGGGGAGCUACUGGGUUUGGUGAAAACAAAACAUCUACACUUUCUAAGGUGACUCUGCGCCCUUUUGAAAAUUCAGAAUGUAACAAACUAAUUGGCGAAGAUGAUCGAAAGUUACCUUAUGGAUUAGAUAGUAACCAAAUGUGUGCCGGAGACGAGAGACAAGAUACCUGUGAGGGUGACUCCGGAGGUCCUUUGCAAGUGAAGCUACUCCACAAUACCCGCCUAACACCAUUUGUGGUAGCUGUGACUUCGUUCGGGAAGCCGUGUGGUAUGCGAAAACCUGGUGUGUAUAUCCGUGUUGCUCCUUACAUUCCAUGGAUAAAAUCGGUACUAAAUGCAAGGGGGGUAGCUGAUGCAGAUUGGCUUUUGGAUCCUCAGGCAUGUGCACGGAAGUACGUGAACCUCCGUGAAUACGAACCACGAGUACUCCUGUCGAAGAAUAAAACAAAUGAAGAGAUUGACCCAACCAAAGCGCAUUUGUUUGACGAAUCAUCUGAGCAAUUAGUCAGAAUUCACUGGAACAACCUGAAAGUGCAUCGCUCAAACGAAUGCUAUGGUGUCAUCAUUGAUGAGAGUACGGUGCUUACACUUGCUCGCUGUACUAUGGUCAAUGGAACAAAACCAACGCACGUAACAUUUGCAGGGAAUAAACCCAACAUCAUCACCAAUAGUCAUAAGCAUCCCGCGUAUGUAGAGGGCUCAUUUCGGAAUGAUAUCGGAGUGCUGAAGGUGAAGGAACCCUUCGAGUUUAAUGCCGAUUUUACACCAGCGUGUGUCUGGACCAAACAUAGCUUCCUUGAGCCAGAGAUCGAGGUCACGGCAAGAGGCCUUCUGGAGCUCAAUGCAUUUUAUGCCAAUUCACCACCCGAAUUCAAUCGUAUCUCUUUACAGCACAAAGUGAAUGUGCUGGGCGCAGUCAAGGAGCAGAACGGAACCAACUGUUCAUUGCCUAAACACUUCGUUGACCGGAUACCAAGUGGACUGACACAGGAACAUGUUUGCUUCGGAGCAGAACCGUUCCUCGUACCCGGAACGUGCAACCAGGCAUUUGGAGGAUCUCUACAAAGAAAAGUGUUUCGCUAUGGGCGAAGCUUGAUGUACGUGAACGCCCUGAACCUGUUUGGUAGAGACUGUGGAUUCGGUGAGUCAGCCGUAGCCGUCCGUCUAGCGCAUCAUAGACGAUGGCUAGAAUCAGUUCUUUAUCCUCCGAAAAAACCAGAGGCACCAGAUGACUCGGACCAGGUUAUAUUUCUGAACGAAGCACUGGAGGAAGGAGAUAACUGUACGGCGCCGAACAAACUCCCCGGUGUUUGUGUUAACGAGCGUUUCUGUCCGAAGGUGACGUUCGACUUUAAGAGUAGCCGUGAGGUGAUGUUCUGUAAAACAGGAUCGCUGGUGUGCUGCCCGCAUCGAUACAUACGCGAUGAAACAAAUGAUGAUGCCGGAGAGAUAGAUGCUUGCAAACGCAUAGAAGAAGCAAAUAUGGAUGAAGAAGAAGGAAGCGGCGACUACGGCAUUGCAUCAGCAUCGCAUGUGGUUUCAAUCGUAUGGGUCUAUGGGAAAUUUAAACACACUUGCAUUGGAACGAUCAUCUCGAAGCGAAGCGUUCUGACGGCUGCCAGCUGCGUAGAUCCCUCGAAGCAUCCAUCGCACGUAGAAUUGAUUGACCCGACGGAACAAAUUCGAGCUUUCAUACUUGUGGAAGAAAUGAUAAUUCACCCAGAGUACGAUAGUAUAACGAGUGAGCAUAAUCUGGCGCUUAUAAAAACCAAACACACAACUGUAAUCGAUGGGUUUGCGAAGUCGCCAGCUUGUUUAUGGAAAAACACAACGCACACACCAUUCAUGAUGGAGCAGCUUCUCUUUGUCAAUAAGACUACAAUUGAACAAAAAGCAAAGUCAGCCUAUUUAAAGUUCAACACUGACUGCCGACAAACCAUGGGACGGGUACUGACAGAUUCAGAGCUGUGCUUGAAGGUUGAUAAGCUGUUAAAGCCGACCGCAUCGAUUCAGGCUGGAAUGCCGGCAUUUUGGGCGAGACUUGAUGGAGGAUAUCUGGUUGGAAUAGCUAGCCGGCGAUCGUCUGUCUCUGACCGUUCUAUCGUGCUGUACACUCGAAUCGCGUCUUAUGUCGAUUGGAUUAAAUCGGAAGUGUAGGUAUGUAACGAGAAAGCUGAAAAGAAAUGAUCUAUCGUCACCGAAUAAGACAUAUCGCUCACGUUUAUUGAUUUUUGAAAACACUGAUUGGUCAAUACGACAAACGAGAUUUCGAUGGACAAGAGAGUCGAUCUGUUGGUAUGAUGUUUACGCCCCCCGCUGCUCAAAUCACGCCGCUUACGUGAUCUUAUCUCUGUCAGUCACUUAACACUAAAGAACUGGAUGGAAACGUUGUUAAAGAAAUAAUUUAAUUGUCUUAUUGACCUAAGAUAUUAAAACUAGGGCCGCUCAUGUUUUAGCCAUAUCCUAAUGUUGAUCGCUCCUUGCGUUUCCACCGCGUUCCCUGGCCACAAUAAACGGCAGAAUAAACAACGAGGGCAAGUACAAUACGCAAUUGGAGGCUGGUUGAAUUGAAAACAAAGCUAAUGGCCCGUUUCCUACUGCCAGUUGGUUGACUUUAGUCUUGUGAUCCUCGGUUGGCUUGGCUUGCAAAGGGAAAUAAAAAAAAGCAAAAAAAAGGUUAUCGUGCACGAAACGGUAGCGACCGCCAACAUCUGGUGCUCGGUGGACCGGUGGCUACACAAUUUAUUUUUCGUUCCAUCUUACGCUUCCAACAUCGGUGUGCCCGCCAUCCGUUCGCUGAUUCGACGCUGAAUGUCACGUCCAAGGAUGAGAUCAAUUUGUUUU